GUGAAUUGCAGUUGUUGCAAGUAGUCCAAGUGAGUUCGUUUCAAAGUUCCAAGUCGCGUCCAGCUGCUCCAGCAACGGAUUGGACACGCAAACCACCACACAAAACACAGACAGAGCCAUGCUGCGUGUCUGGGCACUGCUCUUGAGCUCACUGCUUCUUUUGGUCCAUGGCCAUUCAUUGACUUUGCAUCCACACAAUCGAGAAUGCUUCCAUGAAGAGCUCAAGCAAGGCGACCAUAUGGUUGUAUCCUUCCAAGCAGACCUCGGCGGCGAUAUGAUGAUCAACUUUUGGAUGUCAGAUCCACAUGGUAAUAUGCUGAAUAGUCAGCCUCGUGCGAGUAUGGGCGAACAUUCAUUUGAAGCGACACAAGCUGGCAAGUAUACUUAUUGCUUCCUCAACGAAGGCAAUGACGGCGCAACAAAGGAGAUGAGUUUCAAUGUGCACGGUGUGGUGUAUGUUUCUGGCGACGACCCAGACCACCAGGACCCACUUGAGAAGCAGAUCAGGGAGUUGUCUGAGUUGGUGGCACAAGUCAAAGACGAGCAGGAGUACAUGGUCAUUCGCGAGCGCGUCCACCGCGACACCUCUGAGAGUACAAAUACACGCGUCAAGUGGUGGUCUAUUGGCCAGACUAUUUUGCUGAUUGUCGUCUGCCUCUUCCAGGUGGUCUAUCUGAAACGCUUCUUUGAGGUGAAGCAGCGCCUGUAGGCCCCCUCCCUGGGUAUCUGCUGUCGAUAGCAGGUCAAUCCAUACCUAUCCACUGCCCAAACUGUCGCUGUAGUUGAACUUUCGUCUCACGGAUUUUUAUCUCUCGGCGAUGAGCGACAAUCAAGGAGAAGAGCAAUAGUACUAGUCUAGUAGCUACUGUUGCUGCAACCUUGGCAAGCUCAAGAUAGAAGCGACUAGAUACUUUAUCAAAUGAGCGCAUCAGAUAUCG